UUUUUUUUUCAUCCUUUGCCGCUAGAAAUUCUCCGGCAAGAGUCGGCUAUAGCCAGGGAGGCAAGGGAGGUGUGCGGUUCGGGGCCGGGCGGUUCCGCAGUCGGCGCAGACAUUGGACAAGGUGGAUCUGUUGGCGGGGUACUUGAGCGCGCAGGGAAUGCGCCGAUAUCGCAGACUGCUUUCCACGUCCACGCUGAACCGACCUCGAGCGUGGACCACGAAAAAGUUCACGGCUUCAGUUUUGCUUUGACUUUCAGAUCACCUCUUGCUCCUCUACUCAAAUCCCCUCACACCCCGUCAGAGGUCAGGUUCCCAGUCCGCCCUCGCCGAUACGUUUGCCCCAAAAACAAUCCCGCAAUGUCGUCCUUCAAUAUCGUCGUGUUUGCCGGCGACCAUGCUGGUCCAGAGGUCGUUGGCGAGGCAAUUAAGAUCUUGAGAACCGUCGAGGCACAAAGCAAGGCCGGCGUCAAGUUUAACCUGCAGGACCACCUGCUCGGCGGUGCCUCCAUCAACGCGCACGGCACCCCCCUCACAGACGAGGCCCUCUCGGCCGCCAAGGCCGCCGACGCGAUCCUGCUCGGCGCCAUCGGCGGGCCCGAGUGGGGGCCCUCGUCCCCCGUCCGGCCCGAGCAGGGGCUCCUCAAGCUCCGCAAGGAGCUGGGCACCUUUGGCAACCUGCGCCCGUGCUCCUUCGCCUCGGACAGCCUCGUCGACUUCUCGCCGCUCAAGGCCGAAGUGUGCCGCGGCACCGACUUCGUCGUGGUGCGCGAGCUCACGGGCGGCAUCUACUUUGGCGACCGCACCGAGGACGACGGCUCCGGCUUCGCGCUCGACACGGAGCCCUACUCGCGGCCCGAGAUCGAGCGCAUCGCGCGCCUGGGCGCCCGCCUCGCCCUCGCGCGCGACCCGCCCGCCAAGGUCUGGAGCCUCGACAAGGCGAACGUGCUGGCGACCAGCCGGCUGUGGCGCAAGGUGGUGGACGAGGUCUUCGCAAGCGAGUUCCCGCAGCUCGAGCUCGGCCACCACCUCAUCGACUCGGCCGCCAUGCUCAUGGUCAAGAACCCGCGCGCGCUCAACGGCGUCGUCAUCACGAGCAACCUGUUCGGCGACAUCAUCAGCGACGAGGCCAGCGUCAUCCCCGGCAGCCUGGGCCUGCUCCCCAGCGCGAGCCUGGGCACCAUCCCCGACGGCGAGAGCAGGUGCAACGGCAUCUACGAGCCCAUCCACGGCUCCGCCCCGGACAUCUCGGGCAAGGGCAUCGUCAACCCCGUCGGCACCAUCCUGUCCGUCGCCAUGAUGCUGCGCUACUCGCUCCGCAUGCCCGCCGAGGCCGACGCCAUCGAGGCCGCGGUCAAGAAGGCCAUCGACUCGGGCGUCCGCACCAAGGACCUGGACGGCGCCGCGGGGACAAAGGAGAUGGGCGACGCGAUUGUUGCCGAGCUGAAGAAGUUGCUGUAGUCAGAUAAUACAUGAUAAGAUAACAAAAAAUGAGGAUUCAGAAAAAUAAAGUUGGCGGAUAUCAAGGGGCCCUGAAUUCCAAAUUGAGUACCCGA